AUGCUAACCCAACUGUUCCCCUCAGACCUUGCCAAGUUUGGAAUGCGCGCAGUCAUCUGCAUGUUCAAGCCCCCAGUUGCCCUCAUCAAUCCCAUUCCCGCCAACCAGCUCCAGCGAACACCUUCCAGAGCUGCCUCCAUCAAUGGGUUGCUCUACUCCAUCUGUUUUAGCUCAUCCAGCAGGUCAACCAAAGCUCAGUCCUCAGAGGUCUUGUCCAUGCUGAUGACCGGGAAGUCCAAAGAAGCUUGA